AUGGCCAUAAAAUACAAAGACAAGGAAAUCACGACGCUGGAAGAUAUUCAGAAGCUGAAAGUGAAAGAACUAAGGGAUAUUUUAAAGUGUAAUUCUGAAAGAGCGGGCGGAACAAAGGCGGACUUAGUCCUAAAAGUUUACGCUUUGCUUGUGCGGAACGUAGUGAGGCCGGCCGAAAAUGUCGAAGAAAAUGCGGAUAAUAGUGGCCACUUUGAAUACGAAGACACACUUAGACGGAUUUCUGCUCUUGGAUGGUCUACGGACCUGCGUCAGCUACCAGAACUUAACUUUAUCCAGCUGUACGACUACCUCGUUGUAUCUACACGCAAGUACCGCCAUAUCGUGCUUAAGGGUACUAAUUAUAAAAAGUUGAAAUCUUACCAAUUUUUCUUUGAGGGAAACGUAAAACGACUGGAGAGUAAAGUUUACCAAGGCAAGACCUAUGUGAAAGCUAGUGUUCUUCCAUCUAUGAAGAAGAAUCCGUAUAGAGUUAUAGUAGAGUUCUCACCUCAAUGUGACAUAUUGCGAGCGGCGUGCACGUGUCCGGCCGGGCUUGGCUUAAAUAGAAAAGGUAAAUGCAACCACGUAGGAGGCGUGUUGUUUGCGGCUGAAGAUUUUACGAGAAGAGGAUUACAAAAACAUGCCGAACCUCUGACCUGCACAUCGCGGCUGUCUGUUUGGGUUGUCAUUACAACUUCACGCCGAUUUAAGUGUGUACCCCAAAUUUUGGGGUUAUUAAGUAUUCAUAUAUUCAGGCUAUUGUUCUUGCCAUUGUCGAUUACCUUCCGAAGAAUCCACGAGCGGAAUUCCUUUGAUUUAGGUGCGAUAUGUCUCUUUUGUUUCGAAUUUUGUUGCUUGAUUGACUUUUUAAUCCCCAUUGUUACCUGAUGAGUAUUAAAUUUAUCCAUUAAAAUACUCGGACUUGCCUGUUAAAUUUGCUGCAGUCUGUGGGAACGCUUACAAAUCUUUUAAGCGUGGCGGACAACUCUAGUUGCAUAACAUAUUUUCGGUCACGCACCGUAUUACAAAGGAAACAAUCCUGAUAAAUUUGAAGCUGGUUAAAGCUUAUAAAUACCUGGUCUCCAAUAGUAUUUUUUUUAUGAAAUACUCUCUUGCCUUGAAAAUAAUUUGGCGUUUAAAGAAUUGCUGCGGAAGUUAUUUAUUAGAACGUUUUAUUCAUUCAGUAGCUCUUCAAUCAAGAGCGAACAACUCUUUUCAAAAUGUAAACAACGCAAGCGGUGAAUGCAUUUAACGGGAUGACACAGUUUUAUUAGAGUGUAAUUUCACUUUUUUGGACGUUUUCGCUCGCCUUUCAGUUUUUUUUUUGUUGAACAAAACCUUGCGUUUCAGUUACGUGACUGCAGGGCCCGAAAUAACCGCGUAUUGUCAGUUCACCGAUUUGCAUGACAACUUGAUUCGUGGAGUAGUCGAGUGAGACGGGAAAUAUCUAAAAUCAAAACAAGAGCUGUAAUCGGCAGAUCAAAACUUGCGGAGUUCAUAAUUCCUCGAAAUAAUUUUGUAGAAACGCUUGUAUAGUUUCAUUGCUCUGAAGAAAUGAAUAAUUGUUAAGACUGAAUGAAUGGAUAACUCUCGGCCGGAUUUUAUUAAGCGAUAGGCGAGAAAAAAUGCUUCAGCGGCUUGCUUUGUACUUCGAAACUUCGGCAAGAAAAAAAAAUCCAAUCUCGGUCCACAGUGGUCGAAAUUUCUCGUUCAAGAUCUCUUUUUGAAGCUCUCAAAAUUCUCCUGUUUGAAAAAUAUGUCUCCAAGUCGAAGAAGUUUUGCGAAAGACUUAAAUCCAUAAACUUCUUCCGCAAUAGGUGCGAUAGUUUUCUGCAGUUUUAUUGACACACUUAGAACAAAAGGAUACCUUUAAAACUUUGCGGCCCUGGGCAGCUUAAUUAAGCCAUUGUUCAAUUCCUUUGAAUUCGCUUCUGAGUCUUCCGCCAUAAAAUCUCACCUUCUUUGAACCGAGUCAAAACGAGCACUCUCGAAGUGAAAGUCCGGAGGAAUAAAUUGAGCCUUCAGGGUACAAAAUCCAGCGGUUAUGCCCAUUUCUGAAAUACACACUUAAAUCGGCGUGAAGUUGUAAUGGUGCCUCGUAACCAAAGUGUUGCAGCAAAGCCACUUGACCAGGUUCUGAUCAGAAAGAUACGAUUUGGGAAGAAAAAUAUUCGUCUCCAACCGAAGAUUAUAAAAUUUGAUCCAAGAGCGCCAAACCAGCGAACGAGGGAUGAAAAACAUUUUAAGACCUUUUGUACAGGUCUUCAAAACAGUCUCCCUGCUAGUUCAUUUUUUUUAUUUCAUGACAUUAAGUCAAAGUGCUUAGAAGAGCCUGACCCUGAAGAGAAAGAGGAACCAGAGGGCGUACCCUUUAAUGAUAACUAUGAUAUAGCUUCGAAGCACUUCAAAUACAUGGUUGAUGAACACAUCUCUAACUUAACAAUAACCUUGGAAGAGAUCCAGGAGACAGAAAGACUGACACGCGGACAAAACAAAAACAGUCUUUGGUUUGAAAAAAGGAAAACUCUCUUAACAGCUUCAAAUUUUGGAAAAGCUGCCAAGACCAAAGUGGAGCCUUCAAAUAAAUUAAAGUCAAUCCUCUAUUCAAACUUCACAACAGAUGCUCUUCAAUAUGGCAUUGAAUGUGAACCAAAGGCAGUGAACUUUUAUAUUAAGGAAAUGAGAAAAAAUGGUGUCAGUGUUAAAGUUGAAGAGGUUGGAUUAUUGGUGUCUAAGGAGAAACCAUACUUGGGAGCUAGCAUUGACAGAAUUGUCACCUUCAAAGAUACAGAAGAAAAAUGGGGAAUGGAAAUUAAAUCUCCCUUCAGCAAAGCAGGAAUGACUGUAGAAGAGGCAUGCAAAACCAAAAAUUUUUUUCUGGAGAAACUUGGUGAUGGAACAGUGAGACUCAAACGGAAUCAUGACUAUUAUUUGCAAAUUCAAGGACAGCUCUACUGUUCUGACUUAGAUCUACAAGGGAUCAUUCUCACAGUUUAUUUUGGAGAAGAUAAACCACUAUUUUUAGAGAACAUUUACUCAGACAACACUUGGUCCAGUGACUGCCUGCCUAAGAUUGAUUUCUUUUACAGAAGGGCUCUUUUCCCUGAGCUUCUUACCAAACGAGUGCAGAGGGGAAAGCUUCUCUACCUCCAUGGUGGGUGGCAACCAUUUGGCCACUAUAGCUGCAGCAGAACUGGUUUAAAAUUAAGAUUUGAAAGACAAGUAUAA